GGUUGUUAGUUUGAGAUCCAAAUGAGACUUAGAAGGUAAGGAUGAGAAAACUGAGAAGAGUCUUUAAACCUCUCCUGGGAAGAAGCAGGUCCUCUAGUUUCAGACGUUUAGUUCAAAACGCUUUGGAGCACCUCGAAACCCUAAAGAAGCUUCGGCAUGGCCGGUACGUCGAAGAUCGAAAGGACGCUGCUCGUCUCCUUCAUGAAGGCCUUCCCAAACUAGCCCUCUCUCGGUGCGAGCAAAUGAUUCGACACCAAAAUCUAAUGGAUGCUUAUGGCAUGAUGGAAGGGUAUCUGAAUCUGUUGAGGGAAAGAUUGUACCUCCUUGCACCUGGAAGAGAGUGCCCUAAAGAAUUGGAGGAGGCAGUGUCGAGUGUGGUAUUUGCAGCUUCAAGAUGUGAGGACUUUCCAGAGCUUGAAGAGAUUAAAUCGGUAUUGAGUUCUAGAUUUGGCAGAGAGUUUGCUGCUCGUGCUGUUGAAUUACGCAUCAAUAAUACUGUAAAUCACUCC